UAGUUGGGCUGCUGGGAAACGAAACUUAACUGGGAACUGAAGUCAGACACGAAUCCUCGGCGGCCUCUUCCUCCUGCGCUGGCUGUUUAUCAGCGUAAGCUCGAUCGUCUUUUCCCCCUCGGACACUAUAUGGCAGGCUUUUAAACUUUGCUUCGGUUCAAUGAACUACCUCGCUUAUUCAAGUAGGGAACAAGCAUGGACCCUGCCAGACAGAGACGCCAGGAGGAGAUAAGCAAAGCUCUAACCUUUAUACAGUCUUCCCUGGCUUAUCCAGAACCUGAGGGCUACCAGGACUUCCUGACUAAGUUGGUGUGCAACCUACUUGAGGAGGGCAACGCCUUGUUCAAAGAGAGAGACUGUGAGCAGGCGGUGAAACAGUUCAGUGAAGCCUUGGAUGUCUCGAGCUACGCUGCAGCAGAUGAGAUCCAGAUAUCCAAAGUUUUAAUGGAGAGCCUUUAUGUCAACCGGGCUGCUGCCUACCACAGCAAGGGGGAAUAUGAGCGAGGCGUGAGUGACUGCGACGAAGCUCUGAAAUGGUGUAAGGAAAGCUGCAGUGCUCUGUUCAGGAAGGCCGUUUGUUUGAAGGAGCUCGGGAAUUACAAGGAGGCCUAUAACUGCACCACGAACUGUCUGCUCAUCAAUCGUAUGGACAAACAGGUGAACGAGCUCGCGCUGGAGCUGGCCGGCUAUCUGGGACUAAAGAAACGAAAACCAUAUGUCGGCGCAAAGCAAGGCGCACUUAUCACGCGAGCGGUCGCAAAUGGAACUGGUGAAGCCAUCAAGGUGUCUGGUGCUUAUGUACAAAAUGGUAUGAAUCCUCUGAGUGGCCUCGCACCAGUCAGCUUUCCCAGCAUGCCUCAGUCCUCCAUUGCCUCCCCAACUCCCAGCUACCGCCAACCUAGUGCCUCCUCCAUAGCUGACAGGGUGGACACUCUGGAGGACUCCGAGCUGAUGGGAGAUGACUUGGACAGCCUGCUCGACUGCUUCUCUAAUGAGCAGGGGCUAACUGAGGCCCCCACCCAGGCAGUAUUCUCAGUCCCCUGCAGAACAUCCACCUGCGAAAACACCCUUCCUUUUGUCCUGCCCGCCCCAACACCGCAGCUGCCCCUGGCUUUCUUCAGCUCGGACAUCAGCCAGCUCAACUCCCUGGACUCCUUUUCAGGUGUGACGCGCCACACCACAGCUGCGACACUCGAUGCCUUGGACGACCUCUUUGCCACUGGAAUUAGAUUUGGUGCUCCGCUGAAUGUUCUGGAUGGCCUUGAUUCCCUAGAUGACUUCUUGGAUACGACUCCAAGUGCUACAGCUGGCAAUGAGUCCAAAACAGAACUGGAAGCAGGGGAAAAGUCCCUUGAUGAUUUGCUAGAUGAACUCGAUCCCCUAGAGACAGUCUCUGAUCCAGGUGGUCCGAGUGCUGCGGAGCCGCUCGACUCCCUUGACGCACUGGACUUGUUUCCCUCAGUAGAAGGUGCUGUUGCAGCUUUGCCAGCAGUCUCGUUUGGAGCAACAGGCCUGGACACGCUCUCUGAUUUCAGCUCAACUGGUGUCACAGGCUCUCACACUGCUGCCGCUCCAGUAAUACAAGCUCCAAAGAAUAACUUGAAAAAAAGCCAAGUGCUGCUUGCAGUCUCUCACCCGUUCUCCUCCACCCAUGAGUUCCUGCAAGCCUGCUCUGCCUGUUUCCCUCGGAAAGCUCCAGGCAUGAAUGCAUUUGUUCAUAAGCCAGACCUGGUCCACAGCUGUAAAGGAGACAUUCUGUUAUGUAGACUAAAGGCAGGGCAUCCUUUGGAGUGGACCAGAGUGCGACAGAUUCCUGACCAUUCCUUCAAUGGGCCGUUUGUACUUUGCAGAGAGCUGCUGAAGUUUGGUCACUGUAAGUUCAAAGAGGAUUGCACGUUUGCCUACAACCAGCUGGAGAUCGACGUUUGGACAGAAGAGAGGAAGGGGACGCUGGACAGAAACUUGCUGUUUGAAAAGGCAGGUUUCCAAAUGGACCCUGUAAAAAGCAUCAUCCGCCUUCUGCAGGAAAACGAGGGCAUAUUCAUGUUCCUCUGUCAGGAAUGCUUUGACGGUAAACCUAGAAUCGUCAGUAAGCGCUUUAAAGACGAUCCCACCAUCUGCUCUAACUUGGAUGUCCGCCACGCCUUCGAUGCCAAUAAGUGUUUGGCAUUUGUGAUGCGGGCCCACAGUGUAAACUACAGAAAGGUCCGACCGCUGAGCGUCCUGUGCAACUUGGAUUUGUGCCGCCAUGCCAUCCGGUACGGCUGCCAAAGAGAGGACAGCUGCUGUUACGCCCACUCCGUCAUAGAGCUCAAAACCUGGAAGGUGCAGCGAGACACAGGUAUCAGACCUGAUGAGAUUGUAAAAAUAUCCACAAAGUAUACCGAGAAGCAGGAGCAAAACUUAAGCAAACCGUAUGGAAAUAGUUUGUCUUCUGGAGGAGGUGGGAGCAAACAAGGAGGAGGAGGAGGAGGAGGAGGAGGGAGCAAACAAGGAGGAGGAGGAGGAGGAGGAGGAGGAGUUGGGAAGAGUCUAAAAAUGAAUAUGAAGUUUGCCUGUUCUCGAUGCUGGGGGGACGGCCUGAUCAGUGAACCCGACAAAGCCCUCAAGUACUGCAAUGCAAAGGCCAGGCACGCGUGGACUAAAGACAGAUGCGUACUGCUGUUCAAGUCCUUGGAGAGAAGUAAAUGGGUUCAGGUCCGACCGCUGCCACAUGCCAAGUACUUCCCUAUGCAGUACGAUAUAUGUAACCAGAUUUUGAAGAAAAGGAAAUGUGACUACUCUGGGAACUGCAACUUUGCUCACAGCCAAGAGGAGAAGGAGAUGUGGAUGUAUAUGAAGAAUAAUGACCUGCGGGACUUGCAGCAGAUGUAUAACAUGUGGCUGUCAUUAACCACCAACAACCACCAAGCAAGGCUCACUCAGCCCGCCCCAGAAGAGAAAUACAUCAUCAUGCCAACUGACUAUGCUGAGCCAAUGAGUGGUUUCCACUGCCGUCUGUGUGGUAAGCACAGUAACAGUGAGCGUCAGUGGCAGAAGCACAUCUCUUCUGAGAAGCACAAGGACCGAGUGUUCAGCUGUGAGGGAGAAGACGAGGCUCUGACAUGGAGCUACCGUUUUCCUGGCCCGUGCAUUGAACUCUGCCCCAAGUUGGAUGACGGCUGUCCUGACGGUGUGAGCUGCGACUAUGCCCACAGCGUGGAGGAGUUGCAGGAGUGGACCGAGAGACGGGGUUUCCUGCGACAGAAGCUGGCCAAAGCCAGAGAAGACAUGCUCAUUAUGCCUGACGAGUUUGACUUUGGAAAGUUCAACUUUCUCCUUCAGGACUAAGAAGGUUUUCUGGACUUUAACUGCCAAACUAGCCUUUCUUUUUUCAAAUCGUGACCAAAAUUAGCAGGUGAUGUAAUCAAACAAGCAGUGUUUACAAUUUUACAGCCAAAAGAUGACUUCAAAAAUAUAUAUACACACAAAAGUUUUGUUAAAUUGUUUAGUCCUUUCCCUUGUGUUGUGUCCUGUUUGAAAAGGGAAUUGUUCCACAGUUGAGAGAGAGAGAGAGAGAACCAGAGCGAGAGAGAGAGAACGAGAGAGAGAACGAGAGAGAGAACGAGAGAGAACUGAAGUCUCAAUAAAAAGUGUCAUGUUCAGUUCCGAUUUGUAUUUAAGCAAAGUCCUGUGUUUUUGAUUGUAUAAUUUUGUAUUUUUAUGUGGAACGUGUGUGUGUUAUUCUGGUUCAUAAUAUUUCCAUCGUCCUGAGAGACGGACAAUAAUCAUUGACAAAAUUAUUAUUA